CAACUUUAUUAGGGAGGUGAAACCGAUAAUAUUCAGCGUUAAAAUGGAAUCAAGAGAAGAAGAUAGAAAGCAUCAACCGAAAACCAAUCCAGGUAAUGCUGGCAUGGAAAAGCUGAUUUUGGCCACGAAUAAGAUGCUGGAUGUAUGCUCGCAAACGGGCUCCAGCAUUCAAUUUGAUUUUCCACAAAUUGCUGUGAUUGGCUGCCAAAGUGCUGGGAAAAGUUCUGUUUUGGAAAAUUUUGUCGGAAGAGAUUUUUUACCGCGUGGCGCCGGCGUAGUCACAAGACGCCCAUUGAUUUUACAACUAAUCAACGCGGAAACUGAAUAUGGUGAAUUCAUGCAUUGCAAGGAUAAGCAGUUUACCGAUUUCAAUGAAAUUCGUAAGGAAAUUGAAGCUGAAACUGAUCGUGGGACGGACAAUCGAAAAGGGGUUAGCAAUGUUCCGAUAAAUUUGCACAUCUACAGUCCAAAUGUAUUAAACAUUACAUUAAUCGAUUUGCCUGGCAUAACAAAAGUCCCGGUUGCCGAUCAACCACACGACAUAGAAGAUCAAAUCAAAGAAAUGAUCCUCCAUUAUAUUUGCAAAGAUACUUGCUUGAUUUUGGCUGUGACGCCAGCAAACUCUGAUUUGGCCAAUUCUGAUGCGUUAAAAUUGGCACGAGAAGUCGAUCCAGAGGGAGUUCGGACGAUUGGUGUGAUCACCAAAUUGGAUUUAAUGGAUGAAGGUACUGAUGCACGUGACGUUUUGGAAAACAAAUUACUGCCGUUGCGUCGCGGAUAUAUCGGUAUUGUGAAUCGUUCGCAAAAGAGCAUCGAGGACAAAAAGGACAUUGCUUCUGCUUUGAAAGCCGAACGCGACUUUUUCUUGCGGCAUAAAUAUUAUAGAAACAUUGCCGAUCGCAUGGGUACACCGUAUUUACAGCGCGUUUUGAAUCAACAAUUGACGGAACAUAUUCGACAGAAGCUGCCCAGUUUGCAAGAUAAACUGCGCAAGCAAAUGGUUACGUUGGAAAAAGAAGUUGAAGAAUUCAAAAUUGUACAUGCUGACAACCUCAAGAAUGCCGAAAAUCCCGACACUAUGAAGCCUGUUAUUCAUAGCAUUGUUCAAAAAUUGCGUGAUGAUUUCGUGAAAGCAAUUGGUGGUCUUGGAUUAAAUGACAUUCUAACGGACAGAUUGUCUAAUGGUGCCAAGAUCAACAUUCUAUUCCAUGAAAGUUUUCCACGUGAAAUUUCCGAGAUCAAUUUGGACGAGAAAAAAUUACGACGUGAUAUCAAUUUUGCUGUUCGCAAUAUUUACGGUUAUCGAUCGAAUAUCUUUACGCCGUACAUGGUGUUCGAAGGGCUUGUAAGAACGCAAAUAGAACGACUAAAGGCACCUGUUCUUGUCUGCAUUGAAGGUGUAGUAGAGGAACUAACAUCGGCAGUGCGAUAUUGUACUCAACAUGUGUCAAGUUAUCCGAAUUUACGCGAGAUCAUCGAAAAUAACGUCAUUUCGUUCAUCCAUAACAACGGACCCAAAUACAAAAAAAGUAUUCUAUCGCUGAUCGAAAUGGAACUUGCUUACAUGAAUAUCAAGCACGAUGAUUUCAUGAAUAACCU